CAACAUCCUUUCCUACACAUACCACGCCCAAUCAUUUGCUUGCGACGCGAGGCGUUCUGGCUGCCAACAUCGCGUCUUCUCCGGUGAUUCUCCAUGUGCACAACAGCACGUAGAUGAAUGCGACGGCUGUUGCAUCGCCAGGCCAAAUGUUUUCCUCGUUUGGGCAGCCGACGCAAAGCUCAUCGAAGCCCGUCGCCAACCCCUUCGCCACAACAACUCCUGCCACAACAACGGCCAAUCCGUUUGGCUUUGGAAGCGCAUCGAGUACCAGCACAGUGAAUACAGCGAAACGUGAUAAUCCCUUUGCCGACGCUGGGCCAGCCCAAAAGACGAGCGCGUUUGGCGGAUUCGGCGCGCCUUCAAACGACGGAAGCGCUGCCGCCAAAAAACCCAUCUUUGGCUCCAACGACAAGCCGACCCUAGCAAAUAAUGGCGCCAAUCCAUUUGGCGGCCCGAGUAAGCCGCCGUCGACGGGCUUUGGUGGUUUCAGCAACAAGCCGCCAAGCGCCUUUCCAUCCUCGAUAGCGUCCGUCAUCCAGGAUGCAGGAACCGACGACAGCUCGCCCUUUAAAUACGACCAAAACGACCCUCAUGCUGUAAAGGUAUACACACAGCUCCGAAAAGAUGGCCUCGCACCACCAGCGUGGCCGUCACAACCAGGCAAUCCUAGCAGCAAGGCCCAAAUGGCCAAGUUUAGAGAGCAGUACGAGGAGUAUCGCAGCAAAGUCCGCGCUUCUCUCACUCGUGCUGGGCUCAUUGACGACCCUACAAAGCGAAAAGCAUUAACAGAAGCCAUUGAGUUCCGAGGCAUUUGCCAGGAUAUGUGCCCAGAGUACGAAAAGAUCCAGCGCAUUACCGAACACGACAUUCCUCAACCCGAACGCGACCCGGCCACGACUUUUGCGGACAAGAAGCGAAUGGUCAAGAAGCUGGCUCGAUCGGCUGCUGGACAGGAGGCACCGCUGCCCAUGGACGUUCUCUCAAUCAAGACACUGCGAAAAACGUUAAACUACUUAAUCGACGACCUCCUUAGCGUUGACGAAAAUCUACCCACAUUGCACGGAUAUCUUUGGGACAGAACGCGUGCUAUUCGAAGAGAUUUCAGCUUCUUCUCCAGCCUUGCCGCCGACGAUGUCAAGAUGCAAGCCAAUGUCCUUGAGGAUAUUGCCAGAUUCCACGUUACGUCGCUGCACUUGCUCUGCCGAGAAGGCAAGGCACCAGAAAGCUUUGUGGAACAGCAAGAGCUUGAACAACUGGGAAAGGCGCUGCUGUCCCUGCGAGAUAUUUAUGAUGACUGCAAUGCUCAGGACAUUGUCUGCGAGAAUGAAGCCGAGUUCCGAGCAUACUUUCUCAUCUUCCACGCCAAUGAUCCCAAUAUAAUGGAUGUGCUGCAGAGGCAAUGGAGACGAAGCCUGUGGACCGAUUCGGAGGAAAUUCAAACCGCUGUCUCUCUGGUGGAGGCUCUGCAGAAUACCCAAGAUUUCCAUGGACCCCUUAAAGAAGGACCGUCACUAGCAGCCUCUGGCGCACACCAGGCAUUCUUUAGAAUUGUCGAAGACCGCAAGGUAUCAUAUACCAUGGCCUGCUUUGCUGAAUGCCAUUUCCCCCAGCUGCGCCGUUCCAUCUUACGAAAUGUUAAGCGAGCUCUCUCCCGACCAAAAGAAUCUGCAAAUGAUGUUACAGCCGAAACAUUAAACAGGUUCCUGCGCUUCGAUACUGUACAGGAGGCAAUCGACUUUGCCGAGCUUCAUGAUCUUGAAUUCGGCGCGUCACCAACAUUUGGCGAUGUUUCUCAACGACCACUUAUCCUCAACAACAAGACGCCUCUACCACACCAUCGCCUCAAGCAUCAAUUCUCUCAGUCAAUGGUAGAACGCAAACGUGGAAACCGACCUCUGCCCGAUAUUAUCCAUAGCUCCAUCUUUGAGAGCAAAUCGAGCUCUGCGCCUGCACCAGCUGCAGAGGAGAGCUUAUUCGUCCCUGAGUCAUCGAACACAGCUUCAUCAGUAAAGGCUCCAACUGCACAACCUGCAAAGAGCCCAUUUGCUGCGGCUCCCUCUACCACAGCCCCGACCCCUACAACCACACCAGCCUCCCCAUUCACUACGACAACGUCAUCAACCCCACCAACUGCAGCCACAUCUGCUUUGUUUGCGCCAAAGGCUGGCUCAGCUACAAAUCCUUCACCCUUCCCUGCUACUACGCCUUCACCAUUCCAGGGGUUUGGAAAGCCUAGUGACGCUACCUCAGUAACGAAGCCUGAAGUGCCUACUGCCAAACCUAGCAGCGGCCUUUCCGACAAGCCAGCCGCAUCUCCGUUUGCUGGCUUCUCAAGCGGCAUACCGGCGCCAACACCAUCCCUGAUACCUUCCACGACAGCUACCAGUGGUACUACCACAACGUCUACUACUCCGGUCAAGAGUCCCUUUAGUGGGGUUGAAUCUACGACUCCAAAGGCACCACCCAAGUUCAAUAUCGGUAGCCUGGCUUUGUCGCAAGGUUCCUCACCAAAGACAUCUGCUCUCGGUGGCCAACAGCCGCUGCCGGGGCUUUCACUGGGCUCCGUGGAUGUGCCCAAAUCAACACCUCCCUUAUCACCGUUGUCGAAAGACGACAUUCAACCUAAACAGGGCUCACUACUACCAACUACAACGGCACCCCCCGCCAGCACCUCUCCAUUCAGUACAGCCACUAAUCCAUGUAAUCCGGCACCAUCAGCACCGGCUGCACAAAAGCCUGCCCAUCCAUCCCCGCCCCCAGCACCGCCACGGGAUCGUAUGAAAGAUUUCGCGGAAUGGUUUGCGCUUGGUGAUAGUGGUCUUUUGGAAGAUUUUCAGACAUACCUUGUGGAAGACAUGCUCAAGAAGGUGUAUGUGAAGUACCAGCACGACACGGAGGAGAAGCGAAGAAAGGAAGAGGAAGAGAGGGAUAGGCAAACGGCAGAUAACUUUCGCCGACGGACUCUAUCGGUCACAUACUUUUACCGAUGGAAAGCUAACGCGAGAGAGAAGCGUCUCCGCUACUUGCGAAGGACUGGUAGAGAUAAGCUUCGCCAGUUUCACAAGCGGCAGCACAGCAGCUCUCAUAGAGGAGGCUCCGAGACUCCACGACGGGUUUCCAGCCAGGAGCUGCCAUCUACCAGACUUCAACGACAACAGGAACUUAUUGAUGGCUUGAAGCAGAGUGCAAACCAGCAACGAGCCUCUGGGUCCAUCCGCGCAUCCAGCGUUAUUGUGCCCGCCUCAACCGCUGGCAACGCCAUCGCAGAGUCUAUUAACCGUCACUUCCGUCUGCCGAUGAGUGUAGCAGCAACCCCUUCGCGCUCUCGAUCGUCGUCGUUCUCCAAGGGAGGCGCUAAGACGAGAGCACUGCGAGAGGAGCUCUUGGGCAGCAGUCAGUCCCGCUUUGGCCGCUCUGGCUCGUCGGUAGCAUCAAGCGAUCGAUCUAGCCCAGACAACGCAAGCCGCGUUAGCAACGUAUCGGAGCGUUGGCGACUCAAGGCAAUGGGUAUUGUCCAGCUGCCUGAUGGUACGGCGAUUCCCGAAAGCUUGGCCCACAGCCAGCAUGGUCAAUACAGCCACUACAGCCAGAACCAGCGGCCUAGCACGGCAGGGUACCUACGAAGAACGCCUUCGUUCUCUGGACUCUCUUCCCGCCGUGAGUCGUUUGGAGCUACCUCUGGAUCUCGAUUUGUUGUACCGUCUAUCGAGCAGUCGAUUCCCGGAGUGGCUGCCUUUGAGAACGCCGUUGCUAGCAACAAACGAAAGCGCAUGACCAACGAAAGCAUCAUGCUGGAUAGUGACGAAGGCGCCAGCUCUCACAAGAGAGUCAUGAGCGACGCCGAAACCUUGAUCCAAGAACUCCGCGCCAUGCGAGAGGAGAUGGAAGAGGGAACUGUGUGGUUUAAAGAGCAAAACGACAAGCUCCACGACAUAUCCCGCGGUGCAACACCGCUAUAAUCAUAUUUUAUCAACAGAAACGAUACACCCCGAAUUUCGACGAAACAGCUAGAAUAGUGAGAAAGAGAGGGAGGGAGAGAAUUGGUGGAUAAUGGUGUAAUUUCUUUGUGAUUUUUCUCAUGUAUAUAAAGCAUGGCAAGGCAAACGGCAUUUUGAUAUUUUACUUGUACAUUCCCAGGCUAGGAAAGACGACGGAUGGAUGGCAAGGCAUUUUACGAUUGAGAUUGACGAAAGAGACUACUUUUCCUUCUUUCGGGUUGUCGCAUCGACGCCCCAUGCUCUACUUUUUUACGUUCUUUUCACUCUUGAUGUGUGUGUAUGUGUGUGCAUGAAUAUGUGACUUUGAGAUAUGAAAAGGAUGUAUUUCCAACAUGAAUAACUAUAACCGCCAGCUUUGCAGCAAAAACAUUUUUGGCCGUGAAUAAUAGGCAAGAGAAUAUACAAGAAAUAUAGAAUUUGUUUACAUUUGUUUUUCGUUUUUACUUCUUUGGGGGAGGAGGGAACGACGUCUGGAGCGUCUGCGUCUCUACCGGCCCGCCGGUAGCAGCACGUCCCUUGUUCUUGGCUCCCUUUCCUUCAACAGGCGCCGAUUCCCAAAUAGGCGACUGCUGCUGUGUCCAUACCUCUUGUCUAGCGAGGGGCGAGCUAGUCUGUGGGUGAGGUGAGUAUGCCAUCUGUGGCGAUGACAGGAAGGGGGCAUUGGAGUGCAUCGAUGUGGUAGACACAGGCGUUGUGUAGUAAUCGUCAAUUACGCUGCCUUCAUGUCGUUGUGUAAUGACAGCGGCUUCAGGUGAUGACACAGCUGCGCCAAUGUUUUCCUGGGAGGCAGCAAAGCCUUCCUGGGUAGGGACGCCAUGAGUGAAGUGAAUACCUAGGGCAGGGUUCUGCAUGCCCUCGGGAGGGUUCUGGCCGAGAGGAGACAUGUCCGUGUACGGCUGCUUCUCGUUCCAGUACAUGGCGUGCUCGGUGUAAGGGCUUCCAGUGUUGUGGUCGAAGCCGGGGCUGUACGGGUCAAGGUGAGUCUGGCAGCGGAAGUCGUAGGAGGCGCUGGACUCGUGGGCAGCCUGGAGGCGGGCCUUUUCCUUGUUGCGGCGGCGGCGGAUGCACAUGAUGACGGAGCCGAUGGCAAGGAAGACGACGACAAAGCCGCCAAUGGCGAUGCCGACAAUGGCACCAGUAGAAAGACCGCCGCU